AGAUAAGCGAUGAAUUGAGAGCAAAGUUGAUGUGAAAUGCAUUUCACUUUUGUGUGACAAUCAAUGAAUGAAACGUUAAAGACGACUAUUUUUAUACCGAGUUUUUUAUCAUGAAUUUUGUGUAUAUUUUCGCCGCUUUCGUCGUCGUUUUGGUCGCCGUUUGCGCCCAAGAAGUGCCCAAAGUGUCGGAACUGUUCUCCUUUGAAAAGUUGGCCGAAUAUUCGAGUCUCGCGAGCUGUUUCGCGGUGAUCCACUCGGACUUCGCGUACUGUAACCAGAAGGCGGAGGAGAAGGGAAGGGUGAGUUUGGAGGACGUGGACGAGAACAGCGAGUGGGCCAGUCGUGUGAAAUGCUGCGGAACGUGGAAUCUGCGGAACUGUUGGGUCAAGUUUGCGAAAGACAAGUGUGACGCCAAACAGGCCGAACAGGUGUCGCGUCUCCCGUACAUCUUCAUGAAGAACCUAAACGACACGUGUAAGGACUACCCGGACGGCUCGGACAGGUUUGACUAA